AUGGAGAGCUCGACCAGCAAGGUGGAGGCUAUGAAACCAGUUCUUGUGAAAGCUGGAAUUCCAGUUGCUAUUACUGUAAUUGGUAUCGUUUUUGCAAAAAUUGCAGGCAGAAAAUAUCUUGUUUCGAAAGCUCCAUCAUUAUCAGAAAUCCAAGAAAAUUUUGUACAGAAUGACUCUAAAGAAAUGUCCAGAGAUGAUGAACAGAGUUUUCACAGCCUUGAUUCAGCAUCUCUCCCUUGUGUAGAGUCUGAUCAUGCCUUUACAGAAGCCUGUUAUGAAAAUUCAAUAGAGUUUCUGCAUACGCAAGAAGAAAUCUCCUGGUUAAGAAGCCAAAUGCAAGAUUUAAAUAUGCGGUUUCUUCAUUAUCAAAACAUGAAAGAGGAAGAAAUGGUGCAAAUGGAGCUUCAAAACAAAUUACUAUUGGAAAUAAUGAGAGUCGAAUUUUUCACGAGGGAGACUUCAUUAAUGGAGGCAGAAAUUCAGAGAUUUGAACAUAUGGUGAUUGAAUGCUUGAAGAUUAUGGGGCUGCUUGAAUUUUUGAGAUCAGAAAAUGCUUUGCUUCAUAAGAGGGCAAAGAAAAUUUUGAGAAGAAAUAAAGAACAAUACCAUGUCCUGAAAAAGCAAAACUUGCAAAUUGUAGGCAAAGAAACAGAGAUUUUGAGAUCUCGAAAAGAGCUAGAAAUGAAGGAUAUUUGGAUCAAGAAUAUGGCUGAUGAAAUCAGGGAGCUGAAAAUAGCUUCAGAGCGGUUGCAAGGAGAGAGAAUUGAUCUUUUAAGCAAGUUGGCAGAAAAAUCAGCUGCUUCAAAGAUUGAAGGGCAAGAGACGACCCUAGAGAAUUACAAUCAAUUAGCAAAUGAAGUAGAACAACUUCACAAGGACAGGGCAGCUGAAACUAAAGAAUUGAUAUAUCUGAGGUGGUGCAAUGCAUGCUUAAGGCACGAGCUAACGAGGAGAAAUACUAAACAAGACGAAGUCAUGGAAGAAAAUGACCAUCAUGUGGACGAGAUUGCAGAGUAUAGAUCAGAUCAUGAACUCACAAGCAGUUCAAGAUUAGGCCAUGGUGACUCAUGUUUAGGCUUCACGAGAGGCAGCCAUGCUCAGUCGAAAAGGCGAAAGCUAAUUGCGAAGUUGAAAAGAUGGGUAGAAGGGAGUGAGAAAAUGAAGAACAAGUUGGAUGAAAAAGAGCUGCAGGAGAACAUACUUGCAAGAAAAUCAUGUUCCAGUGCCUGA